AUGGGCAGAGAAAACAUCCUUCAUUACCUUCAAGAACACUCGAAGGAGCCCGUGCGGGAGUUGGACCUACCCAAUGGCCAGGCGGGCGAGGCCGACGUGAAGCAGAAAGCCAACCCCAAGCGCGAAGUGCCGUCGCACUCCAACUUUCCCUUUACCUUGUCUCGGGACUCGACCGUGGCCGACUACCUCAAUAACAACAAGUUCUACAUCGACUCAGUUAAGCAUAACCAUGGAGACCAGAUCUUCGACUUGAACGGCAAGGGCCAGUCGCCGCACACGCUCUGGAUCGGCUGCAGCGACUCGCGCGCCGGUGAACAGUGCCUUGCCACUUUACCGGGGGAGAUCUUUGUCCACCGCAACAUUGCCAACAUUGUCAACUCCAACGAUAUCUCAUCGCAGGGCGUGAUCCAGUUCGCCAUCGACGUGUUGAAAGUGCGCAAGAUCAUCGUGUGCGGCCACACCGAUUGUGGUGGGAUAUGGGCCUCGCUCUCGUCGAAAAAGAUUGGCGGCGUCUUGGACCUCUGGUUGAACCCCGUGCGCCACAUCCGCGCCGCCAAUCUCGCCACCUUGAGCCAGCUCAACCUGGACCCACGGGCCAAGGCGCGCAAGUUGGCGGAGUUGAAUGUGGCUGCUAGUGUCACUGCGCUCAAGAGACACCCUAGUGCCACCCUGGCGUUGAAGGAGGGCAAGAUUGAAGUGUGGGGGAUGUUGUACGAUGUCUCGACGGGGUACUUGAGCGAGGUUGAGAUUCCCAGAGACGAGUUUCACGAUUUGUUCCAUGUGCACGAUGAAGAUAUCGAUGGGGAACAUAGUGCGCAUUAG